AGAUUUGUGCCAACCGAGCCCCUGUAGCCGGUGACAUCACCCUAUGACGUAAUUACAGGAGGCCCCCAGACAAGCCAGGAAGCUGGCAGAGUACAAGGAAGAAGAGUCUGGGCUGAUAUGUAUCUGUCUCCCCGGCUGGGUGGUGGAAAUCCAGAGAAGCAUGCUAGCUGAGCCUCCGGUGCAAUAUGUCUAGCAGCGAGAAGAAGGAGGCUGACUUCGCCUACGAGUCCUCCGUGCACAGUGCGAACCUCCUGCUCCGCCUGAACAGCCAGCGGGAGCAGGGCCUGCUAUGUGAUGUGACCGUUGUAGUGGAAGAUCAGAGGUUCCGGGCUCACUGCUCCGUGCUGGCUGCUUCCAGUGACUAUUUCCUCUCGCGUGCCGUGCAGUUGUGUGGUGGGGAGCUUGUCAUCACCGUGCCCGAGGAGGUCACCGUGAAGGGUUUCGUGCCUCUGCUUCAGUUUGCAUAUACCUCUAAGCUCCUGGUCAACAAAGAUAACUUGGCGGAAAUCAGGAAGUGCGCAAAGCUACUGGAAGUCCAUGACGUUGAAGAAACCUGCUUCGAGUUCCUUAAGUUAAAAUUUCAGGACAGUAAAACUGAGCUUUCCGAAUGCCCCAGAAAAAAAUGCUGCAAGUCCUUCUGCCCAAAGGCCAACAUUCAGCGCCAGCAGGACAAAACGGAGAGGUUGGUGGCACACGAAGUGGAAGAACUUUGGAGAGGGGAGUUUUCCCAGAACCUUAAAUGCCAAACCGAGAUUGAAAACAUUUCACCCUCCCCUGAAAGCCCUAAGCAGCCAUGUGAAUCGUUUUGCUUUGGCAGAGACAAUGCCUUCAGCUUGUCCUCUCUGUGCCCCAAGUACAGGAAGUUCCAGAAGGCCUGUAAAAGCGGCCGGGUUCGAUCUGUGAGCACAUGUUCCAGCAAUCAAGAAGCGCAGAGUCCAUCACCAGCACCACCGAGUGAAGUGUUGGAGUUUAGCAGUCAGCCAAAGCCUCAGGAGGAGGACCUACAACUACCCAGGUCCGAGAUGGACAUUAAUGUGUUGCCUCCACCACCGGCCUCUGAUGUCGCUUAUCAAAACCUCAUUAAUAAUGGUGACAAAGUAGUUCCACCUUCGGUGUACCCUCCGUGUUAUCCUUUGGGACCACGAGACUUCAACUCUGUGCCUGUCCCAUAUACUUAUCAGCCAUACAGGGUUUUAAAUUACAUCGACAGCAGCAACUCCAGCACCGCAGUUCUGUCCGAGAGGGACAACAAUGAACAAGACAUCAGUCAGGCCUCUGAAUUCCCCAGCACGGAACUGGUUCCAGAACCUGAACUUUGUCCUGCUGAGGAACCCCCACUGGCCAGGGAACGUAGUAAUGAAGAGAGGGAGGUGGCAGAACAUCUCGCAAAGGGUUUCUGGCCUGAUAUUUACUCCGCUGACUUCCCGUGUCAACAAGAAUUAGAAAUGAUGGCUUCAAAGGAGCCAGGAGAAACGAACAGCGUAGAGAAAAGGACUGAAUGUCCAUGGUUGGGCAUUUCCAUCUCUAACGAGACCCCUGAACGGACUUUUACAACACUCAACCCAGUGACAUGCCCGUUUAUCGGCACCCUCUCUAGCGAUGUGCGUGCUAAAAGCCCAGAAGUAGGUAGCGAGGAUGGGACCCAGGGAAAGCCGCAGGAACAGUGCCCGUAUGCCUGUUCCAUCAACUUGGAGGAAGAAUCUGAAACUGACAGUGAGGAAGAUAGUGGUGGAUCCUGUUCUGCCAAAGAGCUAGAAUGCGAGAGGAAACUGCCAUUCAACACACAGAAAAUAAUUUCACUUUCACGAUACGACUUCCAGUCAUUGGUAAAAAUGCACAACCUCAGCCCCGAGCAGCUGGACUGUAUCCACGACAUACGGAGACGGAGCAAGAAUAGGGUUGCAGCCCAGCGGUGCCGGAAGAGGAAACUGGACUGCAUCCAAAACCUGGAAACAGAGAUCCGAAAGCUGCAAACGGAAAAGCAGCAUUUGCUGAAGGAAAGGGACCAGAUUUUAUCCACACUGGGAGAAACCAAACAGAACCUGUCUGGGCUCUGCCAGCAGGUGUGUCGGGAAGCUUCUCUAAGCCGUGAGCAGAUCCACAUCCUGGCAAAGUAUUCCAGCUCCGAGUGCCCGCUGUCCUGCCUUGUUCCGGAAAACGGCAAAAUGCUCCUUCAGUGUGAAGCCAUAUUGCAGGAAUUUGCGGGAGGACGUAACGCUGGCGAGGCCGCCCAUUGCCUGGCGGAAGAGGGCCACACUGGCUUGCAUAAUGUGCGUCCAGUUCCAGCUUUACCCUCUGAAACUGCGUUACCUGGGAAAGCUAGUACUCAAGUGGGCAUCGCGGAUUUCUGCCAACAAAUGACUGCUAAAUGCACUACUGAUGAACAAAAAUAGGAUUGUUCCUACAUGGAAGGAUUCGUUUAAAGGAAGCAAUAUUUUUUUUUUUUAUUAUCUUGGGUAUAAAAAGCGCAAUUUUUUUUUUUCUCUUCAAGAUUUAAAAAAAAUGAAGUAAACUAAAAAAAAAAGUAAUAUGUCAGAAGCAUAUUCUUCCAACCGUACUCAAAUCAUAGUAUAUCGCAACUUGCUGGGAAAUCUGUUGUCUGUUGUAAAAAAAUAAUAAUUAUGCCCUCCCGCAUAGCCCGUUUGUUUUAGACCUAUACAUUCUGUUGAGGUUUGUUUAUGUUUUUACUUUUUUUCAUUUGUUUGCAGGAUAGUUGGAGUAAUGGGAAAAUCUGGAACACAGCAGCUAGUUUUGACUGGCAACUUACAAGAUAUGCAGUCCUUGGGGUGUAUUCAAUUGUUUGAAAAGUCAGUUGGGUGUCUGUUUUUUCCUGUCUAAUAGGAAAAAAACAGACACCCAACCGACUUUUCAAAAAUUGAAUUCCACCCAUAAUGUGUGGAGAUUUUCAGACCUCAGGUUAUAUUUGCGAAAUGGCGGCCUUGACCUCAAAAUUUUAAAGCGGCACAAGUAUCAAGGACAUAUCUUGCCGUGUUUCGCACUUAAUAUUAGCGCCCAUUUAAAUUUUGAAGUCAAACUGCAAGUCGCCACAUGGUAGCUAUAACUCCAUGGCUUGAGGAUGUAACUGUGGUACAGUACAGGGUGAUCGAACUGGAAAUGCCAUAUGCCCGUUGUGGCUGGAUAAUCCAUGUUGUUCUAGCUAGACAGCCUCAUGGGGCAGUUGCUACUGCUGGUUUUAUCAUUUUAUUUUCCUAUCCGUGUUGCUAAGUGGGUUGGAAAGCUUACAUGUAUUCUAAAGAGGAUAAUAGCCCCAACCCUAUAAACUGGUGGUUCCUACCUGCCCCCCCAUAGUACCCUCUAAUUCUCCAGAAUAAUAGAGACUCCAGUAAUGCCACCGAGGAAACUUUUGUAAUUUGUCCAUCUCUGUCGGGCACUAAGCUGACUUCCAAGUUGCAGGAUCUUUAAAUGGCCAGUAUCCUGUAUUAAUUUCUUACAGUACAUCCUUGCUCUAACACUCAUGAAAUGCAAACUGCCUACUCUGUGUCUAGCCGGUCAGUUUGCCUACACACCAGUGAUUUUGCUCCUGCUACCAUCGUCCUCUCUUAAAUGAAACUACCCUGUCUGACUUACUGCAGCCGUGGUGCAGACCAAGGGUUGGGUUUUAAAUAUAUGUCUUUAAAAUCUCAUUUGGUAAAUCAUAUAGGUGAUAUUGCCCUUUGCAGCCAAUCAGAUACUGUCUAUCAUUUCUCUAUUGCCUUUUAGAAAAUGAUAGACAGCACCUGAUUGGUCAUUAUGGGUAACAUCAACAAUACUCCGUUUUAGAAGCUUUAGUAAAUUCACCCCUUAGGGGUAUAUUCACUUGAAGUCGAAAGCUGCUGUCUGUCGGAAAGACGGCAGUUUUUGACUUUUUUAGGUCGGAAGGGGUUCCGACCUAUUCAGUAUACCCCAAAAUUAUCCGACAAGUCGGGGAAUUCGACUUGUCGGAAAGCAUGUGGAUCGGCAGAAUAGCUGGCGAUCCACGUGCUUCUGUCAGAAACGGGGGCAAAAUCCGACAGGUUUUGGCCCCGUUUCCGAUCAUCUCAAUCCGACUUGAAAAAAAAAUGACGGAAAUGAGGGAUUGGAGAGGAGGUGA